CCCGCCCCCCGGGGGGGUCCCUCCCGCCAUGGCCUCGGAGCUGGGCAUGGGCGGCGAGCUGCCCAGCAGCCCCCUGGCCAUCGAGUACGUCAACGACUUCGACCUGAUGAAGUUCGAGGUGAAGAAGGAGCCGGCCGAGGCGGAGCGGCUGUGCCACCGCCUGCCCCCCGGCUCCCUGUCGUCGACGCCCCUCAGCACCCCCUGCUCCUCGGUGCCCUCGUCGCCCAGCUUCUGCGCCCCCAGCCCGGGCGGCGGGGCCGGGCCCGGGCAGCCCCCGGCCGGGCCCGGCCAGCCCCCGGCCGGGCCCGGGCACCCGACGGCGGGGGCGGCCGGUCCCUCCGGGCCCGGGGCCAAGGCUCCGCUGGACGAUCUCUACUGGAUGAGCGGCUACCAGCCCCACCUGAACCCCGAGGCCUUGAACCUGACCCCGGAGGACGCGGUGGAGGCGCUGAUCGGCAGCGGGCACGGGCCCCCGCACCAUCACCACCAUCACCAUCACCACCCGGCCGGGCCGGCCGCGGCCUACGACGGCUACCGAGGCUACCCCGCGGGGGCCGGCGACGAGGCGGGCGCGGCCCCGGCCCCGGGCCACCACCACCAUCACCACCCGGCCAACCACCACCAUCACCACCACCACCCGGCCCACCACCACCACCAUCACCACCACCACCACGGGCACCACGGGGCGGGCGGGCCCGGGGCCCACCACGGCCCGGCCGGAGGGGCCCCGCACCCCGGCCGCCUGGAGGAGCGUUUCUCCGACGACCAGCUGGUGUCCAUGUCGGUGCGGGAGCUCAACCGCCAGCUCCGGGGCUUCAGCAAGGAGGAGGUCAUCCGGCUGAAGCAGAAGCGCCGGACCCUGAAGAACCGCGGCUACGCCCAGUCCUGUCGCUACAAGCGGGUGCAGCAGCGGCACAUCCUGGAGAGCGAGAAGUGCCAGCUGCAGAACCAGGUGGAGCAGCUGAAGCUCGAAGUCGGGCGCCUGGCCAAGGAGAGGGACUUGUACAAGGAAAAGUACGAGAAGCUGGCGGGGAGGGGGGCCUUCCCCAGGGAGCCCUCGCCCCCCCGACCCGCCCCCCCCAGCAAAGGCCCUCCCGACUUCUUCCUCUGA